AUGCGCAGUCUCACGGAACUGAUUCGAGAAAUACCUCUCACUGAAGAAGACACGCCCGAAGACAUUUUUGCUUCGGCUCCUGGCUUCCUCUUCACCGACGACCUGCGCAAUCAACAUGGCGACCCGGGAUCCAUCAUCGUAUACAAAAGCCAGCGCUUCGGCGACAUAUCCCUGACGACUGCAGACCCAAACGGCGAGGAAGAAAGGACGCUGUUCAGCCACUAUCUGUGGAAUGCUGGAAUUCUGAUGGCUGAGCGCGUGUCUGGCCAACGCUUGUUGAAUGAACAAGAAGAAACGCAGUGGAGCGUUGAAGGACACAAUGUGCUCGAACUCGGUGCAGGCGUGGGCCUUGUCGGCAUCGCUAGCACUCUUGCAGGCGCCAGCGACGUAUGCUUGUCCGACUACCCGGCAGAGGUUGUGCUCGACAACAUUAAGCGCAACGUCAAGGAAAACAUACCGGAGUCACUCACACCAAAUGCGAGAGUCGAAGGCCACGCAUGGGGCGUCUUGGACGAUGACUUUGCCAAAGCACAUUAUCGCAAGUUCAAUCGAGUCCUGGCUGCAGACUGUUUCUGGAUGCCAUGGCAGCACGAGAACCUGGCAUUGUCGAUGCUUCACUUUCUCUCAGACGACCUGGAUGCUCGCGUGCUUGCUAUCGGAGGCUUCCAUACAGGACGAGCAAAGCUAGCAGCCUUUUUCGAUGUGGCCGAGGAGCAGGGACUGGAGGUUGAGGAGAUUUAUGAAGAAGAUGCUGAAGGUACACGAAGAGACUGGGUCAAGGAGAAGGAUGGCGGGAGGGAGAACGUGACCGAACGUAAGAAGUGGCUCACUAUUGCCAUCUUGCGACGAGGAAAGCAAGAAGCACUUUGA